AUGGAUUACCUCGAUCGGAUAUACGAUGCUUCGGCGGGAUAUGUCUAUGAUCCGAGUGCUGCGACGGCGCUGCGACACGAUACCAGGACGUCCGUGUGGUAUGCCGUGGGAUUGUUGGCUCGGGAUCAAGGAGAUGAUGUAGCUCAGGCCAUGACUAUCAUUCGAAAUGUGAUAGAUGCGCAGUUCAAGGAUACAACUGAUCAAUGGUAUGGAGACUACCAGCAGUACCCCGAAGAACCCACAGUAGGAACCCCAGCAUACCCGCCCAUUAUCUACGAUACCUGGGACCCCAACUGGAGAGAGUUCAUCGGCACAGCUUUUAUCAUUGCGCUCGAGGAGUUCCCGCAUCUGAUCGAUGCAGAUAUGACGCAGCUGAUGCAUGCCUCGCUUUACAAUGACACUACCGGGGAUAGUUAUCGAGUUGGUGGAGUGGAUGAUGAUAAUUUGUAUCCCUCGUAUACGAACCCGUCCUUAAUGCGUGCCAUCAUCACAGGCUGGACGGGACGCAAACUUGGCGACCAGAAUAUGACAAACUCCGGCGAGACGUACGCACAGGAGAUCAUAGAGCUGUUCGAUCGCGCAGACACGCUUUCGGAAUUCAACAGUGCCACGUACACGGGCGUUUCCCUGAUUGCUUUGACCAUGUGGGCCAAGUACGCUGCAGAGGACUCAGUCAUGAAGGGGAAAGGGAAGGAGAUGUUGCAGGAUACGUGGGACACCAUUGGGGAGUUAUAUCAUGCUGGGUUGAAGAACCUCGCUGGUCCCUGGGAUCGAGCUUAUGGUUUUGAUAUGCAAAAGUACUUUGGUAUCAUGUCGGGACAUAUUUGGUCGCUGGUCGGGAAAGAGACUUCCCCUGUUAUUGAUAAGGUGUAUAUGAUGUCUCAUAACUCCGACUUUUCCAUCUCACCCCUGAUAGCUAUUCUGUCCGACUUUCAUAACUCGCUUGUCCCGUCAUCGGCCAUCCAAGCCCUGAAAACCUUCCCUGGUGAGCAUACGGUCAACACUUCCGCUUACUCUAUUCCAUAUGACUCCUCCCCGCGACAGGUGACUGCGUGGCUGAGUGAAGGCAUCAGCAUUGGAGCAGAGACCUUCAAUGAGUCUGUCGUCGGUGGCCCGGCCAUUAAUCCAUCACAGUUUAACCCGGCUGUCAUUCAGUGGGAUACUGGGGCUGGAGUAGGGUGGAUAACACUGUACGCGACGGAGCCGGCUCUGAAUGCCGAGGUUGGACCCGGUUAUCUGAACCUGACCUAUCCGCGCGGAACGUCGGCCUCUCAAUUCCAGUUCCUGGUAUCUCCUUUUGAGACCCAGAGGAAUGUGGCCAGCUGGGAGGAUAUUGUCGGCCUGGAUGUUACCGUGUCGGGCAAUAUGGACCCGAACAGCCUGAACAUCUCGUAUAGCUUGAGCGACCAAGUCAUCAAUGACUUUAGGUUUUGGAACUUCACUUAUUCCAUGCCGGCGAGUAGCACCGCCAUUCCACAUGUCCUCCUGGAGGUGCAAUUGCAAACAUGAUAUGAUAUAUACGCCGCAUCUCUAUAUCUACUCUUUCGAUGGCGAAAAGGACAUUGGAGAUGGUAGUAACAGAAUAGAUGCCCGUUUAUACCCGUCUGUAUAUUCCAUGUCCUUUUUGGGUCGUCG